UCUGGUUGCUUGGCGCGUGAACUUGCUUCCGUCGCUAACUCUCUUGCGUUUGGGAUUCGCAUAUCACGCGCGGAUUUUCGGGACCCCACGAGAAGAGUGUUGCUGUUUGGAGAAAAAAAAAGAUAAACCCGAAGAUUUAGUGUAACAGUUUAGAGUAGCAGAAAUUGCUAGUGUUUAUUUGAUUGGCCGAAAGUGUGAAGUAAUGCUUACCGUGCCUGUUAGGCGCGUUUUGUGAAUGAACCAGUGUCGUGUUCAAUAAGUUAAUAAGUGAAAAAAAAUAUAUUCGCGUGACGAAAGGCUUCGCCGAUGAUGACAGUGUGAGACAUCAAUCCACUUCCCGUGUGUAAAUAAAACCAAUAAGUGUUGACUUUGAGUCUUUGUGAGUCACUCGACCCCAGUUUGGUUGGCGCAAGAGCCUGGAAGAUUUGGGCAGUGAAAGCCUGUUGAGCUGUAGUUAAUUUGCCGGCGGGCAAUUUGUUGGUUCAAUUUUGGCAAUUUGUCGAAAUACUUACCCAUAUAACGUUCGGCCAAACGAGUUAGAACUUGCUCUGUCAGUGCGUUUGCUGUUUGCAACUCAUUUCCGGUUUCGCUAUUUGGUUGAGUGUGUUUGACCAUUUUCCCGUCGAGAGAAUCCGCAGCACAAAACAAAACAGCGACCAUCUUUCAUCGAUAACACGUUAUGAUAUGCCGCCCGGAAUUUUGAAUCAGCUCUUUGCACGACUCUCAGCAGGAAUAAGUUUGAUAUUAUUGGGAAUUUCGCCAUUAAAUCUACAGAAUCGCGAGGCAAAUCUACCGUACCAUUGAUCAAUGCUUUUAUAAACAUACUCCUUUUGGAGUAUUAGUUAAAAAAGGUCACCGAAACAAAAAUAAACACAGUCUUCAAAAACACGACAACCGUUGACUUGUUUGUUACGCACUCGCACAAAACAACAAUAACCUGCAUCAUCAAAGAGAGUGCGUAGGAUGCUGCAAACGGCGUCAAUAAGCAUGUGAUUGGAUAAUCAUGUUUCAAUAGGUCCGCUGAACCCGAGUGGUGAUAGACACAAAAGACUCGCGAAUUUAUCAAAGGCGUGGUCCGCUCGGAGCGUUUUCUUGCGUUGCGUGCGAAAUGAAGAUGAAUCCGAAGUAUGUCUGCUCGUUGCUAGCGGUGUUCAGUGUGAAGUACAUCGUGUGCGAUAGUUUGCCGUGUGAUUUUCUCGAUUCUGUGAACAUCACCUCCGGAGUUCGCGAUGCCAUGGGGAAUAUAGUGCACAACAAUAUCCUGUACAAACCCAAAUAUUACCGAGUCAUCGAUUAUUACUACGAGGACUUUUCGCAGAAAAAGUUCGUGGGGGAGUACAUCCGGGGGUGUCCUUGUGCGGUUCGGUUGUGUGUGCGGAUGUGCUGUCCCCACAAGCACGUGUUCUACGGGAAGCAGUGCGUGCCCAGCGAUGAACCGCUGGAGGUAGUGGUGAACACCACGCUGUACAACUCGCAGAGGAACUAUGAGCUGGUGGAUUUGGCGCAGAACCCGAUGUACGGAUUCCUGUACGGGAAACCAUGUCAGUUCGUGUAUCGCUUGGACCCGGAAGCGGUCGAAGCUGAUGAGUGGUUUUUUGCUAGGAAUGGCAGCAUCAUCCAUGACAGCAGACUUUUGACGAGGAAUCAGUUUUGCUUCAUGCAGACCAAUGAAUCAGCUCCGGUGGCUCCAUUCGUGUGCUUCGAGUCCCAGGAGGAAUUCAAAUACGCGCUCUAUCCGAUCGGAAUGCUACUGUCGGUUCCGUUUCUGCUUAUCACAUUUUUUGUCUACGCCUGUAUACCGGAGCUCCGGAAUAUGCACGGAAAGUCACUGAUGUGCUAUGUUUUGGGUUUGGCGGUGGGUUAUACCGUGCUGUCGCUGGUACAGAUGCAAAUAUUCGAUGGAGACUCGAUUCCCUGCAAGGUGACCGGAUAUAUGGUGUACUUCUCGUUCAUGGCUAGCUUCUUCUGGCUGAAUGUUAUGUCAUUUGAUAUUUAUUGGACGUUUAGUGGCGUUCGGGGCGCGAAAAGUACUGAACGGAAAAAGUAUGCGCUGUACUCCCUCUAUGCCUGGGGAUCUCCCGUACUGCUGGUGACGCUGGCUCUGUGUAUGGACUACACCGAUUUGAUUCCUGUCGCAUAUCGACCCAUGAUUGGUGUCAAGCGCUGCCUUUUACAGAGUAGUAAACUCGUAGAGUUUCUGUAUCUGUACCUCCCAAUGCUGCUGCUGGUGUUCGCCAACGUGCUGUUCUUCGUAAUAACCGCAGUGCGGAUUAUAAAAAUCCAACGGGAAACCUCAAUGGUUAGGCGUGGAGACUCGAAGCGACAUUCCAAGCUAGACAACGACCGCGAUAGGUUCAGUCUCUAUCUCCGACUGUUCAUCGUGAUGGGGGUAACCUGGUCGCUGGAGGUAAUCUCAUGGGCAGUGGAAGGCAACAUCGCUUGGGUGUUUUACAUCUCGGACGUAUGCAACUGUAUCCAGGGAUUCCUCAUCUUCAUGCUGUUCGUGUGGAAGCAGAAAGUCAAGCGAUUGAUCUACAAAAAGUAUGUUCGGGAUCCGACUCGUCGAGCAGGAGCAAUCGCUAUCAACCUCCAGCACGCGUACGACGGCAUCGGUAAUAACGUCCUCAUUCAGCGGCUCAAGGUCGGACAAACCGCUGGUGACCCGGGCGAGUGUGGACCGGAGCGGAAUGAUGGCACCACUGCCACCACAGCCAACGGAGUGGGCCCUCAAGCAGCUCAAGCUGAACCAAUUCGGCUAGACGGCGGCGAUGGAGUGCCACUGCUGCAGCGAGGAAUCAGCGUGGAUCGGACCACCGACGAGAGUGAGCUGUUACACUCGCAGGGACCCGAGCAGGAAACCAAAGAGAACCUAGACGGUUAGGAUACAAUACGAAUGGAGUACAAAGCAUCUGAAGAAACGUGCAACGUAAUUAUUCGAUGUUGGGACGAAGGCUAUCUCAUAUGAUGACUCUGCGCCGACAUUAUCUUGAUUAAAGUUAUAAUGUAAUUUAGUUGUAAACAUGAAUCUAACACGGUACUUAUUGAGUUACUGUAGAACUAAGUGUACAUAUUUCAAAUCUAGAACCUCAAUUCGUGCUUUUACGAGUAGUUUUAUCUACUCGAUUAUUGUAGCUGGAAUUAUAUAUAGUAAUAAUUACAGAGUAUAGAUGAUUGUACUUAAAUAUUUUUAUCCUGCCAUAAUGUUAGAGUAUGCAUUUGAACUACCUCUUUACUAUGAAAAGAAAAUGCUGCACUCACUG